AUGGCGGUUAGGGCGAGUUAUGGUGCGGGCGAGUCGUUUGUGUUCCCGCGGGCCGGCGCCGGCGCCGGCACGGACGGGAACGAGGUGGUGUUCCCACGGGUCGAGGGAGGGGGCGGGGUGGUGUUCCCGCGGGUCGAGGGAGGGGGCAGGGUGGUGUUCCCGCGGGUCAAGGGAGGGGCGGGGUGGUGUUCCCAUGUCGCAGGCACCGCUGGUGAGAAUGAAGGGAGUAAGAAGGUUAAGAAUAAGAUCAAGAAGAAAGGCAAUCUAUGUGGCUUUAAGUCAAGGUUUAACUCAAAAAGGCUGGCUGAGAUUGGGAAGCAAUUCAAACACAAGAACAAGUCCAUCACCUUCAGCAAGCUCAUGGUGAAAAGGAUUUUCAACGUGCCAUCCGGUGAUAGACCCGUGAAGCUUCUUAAGAAGAGUGAUGAACAUGAGCUUCGCAGCAUCUACAAGGAGGGGAACAGGGCUCCAAUCGCCCAUGUUGUCAAGUUGCUCACUAGUUGCAGCGAUGAGGAUGUGGUUAUGAUAAAUAGGACGUGGACACUCCUUGCGUUGGCAACAGUUUUGUGCCCAAGCACUGGCAAUAUGGUGAAUCUUGAGUAUCUAGCUUACUUGGAAGAUAUGUCUUUGGUGCAUGAAUUCGCUUGGGAUGAGCACUUGUUGGCACGAGUGAUGGAGGAGGUUGGAGUCUUUCAAGAGAAGAAGAGGAUGCAAGCAAAUACAAAAAAAGCAGCGGAGUUUCAGAUCGCUUCAUGCCUUCCCAUGUUAGCGAUCAUAUACAUGGAUCAUAUUGAUAUUUCGGCCGGCCUCCCAAAUGAGCAUGCCAUUGAUUAUUCCGUGCCGAGGAUACGUUUUGUUUGUCAAAAGGAUUUUGAUUGGUUGGAUAAAGUUGACAAGAACAAGCUCACUCUUGUCCAACCUUUCUACGGGAAACACACCCAAGUUAUGGCAGCCUUCUUAUUUCCGCCACUCAUGUUUUGUUUUCCUAGAUACGGAGUUUGUGCAACACCCCCUAUGCAGCACAACUCGUGGGACAGGAAGUUGGUGCUGAAGCAGCCAGUGGGCAGGGAGUUGGUGCUGAAGCACCUAAUCCUACUAAAACAAGACCCAUCAACUUUCCAUCCAGCAAAACUCAUGGCUGAGCUUGAAAGGGCUAUGAAAGUGUUCAAGGUUCAAAAGUUUGACCUCCUCUUUUUCACAAUUGUUCAUGAUCGCCAUUGGAUAGUUGUUUGCGCAAACUUGCUUCACAAGCAGUGGAAUGUAUUUGACUCAAUCCAUUCAAAAGGAAAACAAUCUCCUUUGAAGAAGCAAGCCAAUAACCUGAUCACAAACUUUGCAACCCUUGCACAAGAGUGCAGCGAAUUCAAUGUCAAUGUUGGAUCCUUCGCCCAUGUUGACCUAGAGGAUUACCCAAAGCAAGAUACCCUGAAGACAUGGCGCGAUACCACAUCGAUGUGGCAUACAACCUUUUCAGCCACCCAAUGA